AUGCCCUUACGUGGGCUUGGGUUCAAGUCAAUCACGCGUCUUCCUGGCUUAGUGUCUGCUGCGCGGUGCCAGUUGGCGCAAGGGCAACCGCUUCGUUUCCUGAACACGGCGAACUACUGCCGCGCGAUAAUAGACCUUAUGGUCAAACGUGGUGCAGUCUCACUCUCAGGUCGGAUGGGACAUCGUCAUGGCAGUUUCUUCCCGUUUCCAGGUUUAGGUGGACCGGUCUUAAUUUGCGAACUGGUGGUGGAUAAGACGAAGAAGAACAACCCCAACCACAUCAAGCGGCCUAUGAACGCAUUCAUGGUGUGGUCGCAGAUCGAGCGUAGGAAAAUUUGCGAGCAGACGCCAGAUAUGCAUAACGCCGAGAUAUCCAAGAACCUGGGCCGCGUUUGGAAGACGCUCAACGACGAGGAGAGGCAGCCGUUCAUAGACGAGGCGGAGCGGCUGAGGCAGCUGCACAUGCGCGAAUACCCGGACUACAAAUACCGGCCCCGCAAGAAGACCAGCAAGCCGGCGCAGAGGGCGGGCGCGGUGACGAAGCAGCGGCGCAAGCAGCGCGCUGACUCCAACAACAACAGAGGCGUAUCCAGGCGGAGGGCGCGGCCGCCGCUGAACGCCCCCAGUGCGCCCAGCGUGCCCGUAGAGACCCCAGCUCCGCCGCCCCUGCCGGCCUCCCCCGCCGGCUCGCCCGACUCCCCGGAGUCCGCGUGCUUCUACGACGACAGCACGCGCCGCGACCAGGCCGACCUGACCGACCUCUACUCGAUCACGGACCUGCUGCCGCUGCCCGCUGACUGCGAGGUCGAUCUGGACGCGCUCACGACCGACAUGGAGUCCUUCGAGACGGCGUCAUCGUCCUCCGGCUCCCACUUCGAGUUCUCGUGCACGCCGGACGUGUCGGACAUGCUCAGCGAGAUCGGCGUCGGCAACGACUGGGCGACGGGACUGGACAACCACACGUUCUCCUCGUACCUGACG